GUCUGCCAAGUGUUGCGGCCGCUUAAAUGCUGUCUAUGUCUAGUCCAUUGAAAAAGACUCAGAUGCGACCGAAGCCCACCGACAGGGUCUCCUCCGCUUGGUAGCCCUGCGAGGAGGGCUCAAACAACUCGGAUUCGACGGGAUUCUGGCCGAGAUGAUAGAGAUGAACAUGGUUCUGCCCAUGGUCGUCUUCGGCCAGACUGACUCCGCGCUGCCGCCGCCCUUCACCCCCGAUGAAGCCCUACCCGACAGCCUCCCGAGCCUCGCCCUCGACCGAUUGCACCGGGGCGGCUCGAGAGUCGACUUCACUCUACAAUUGCAGCUGGUGCGCGUCCUCGAGCACAUCCAGGACCUCUUCCAAGCCCUCGCGCAACCCAGUGAAUCCUCCAAUUUGUGGACACUGCUGGACAACGGUCCCCCGGUCAUUCAAUCCACCACGACCGACGACUCAACCUGGAGCAGCAGCGAGACCUCCUUCCUCCGCACCUGCCAGCUGUCCAUGACCCUCCUGCACACGCUGGCAGACCCCGGCCUCCCCUGGCAUCCCGAAACCAUCGCCGCCCUGCUGCGCGACCUCGACACGAGCAUCACCCACACGGACCCGGCCACGCGCCUCCGCUACGCCCCCAAAGCCAGCCUCUGGACCACCGCUCUUGGCAUGGCCGUCUUCCCGGACGUCCACGGACGUCUGACCUUCUUUAUCAACGAGCGCUGCGUCGUCCUUGCCGUCUCCAGCUCCAAGAUGACCCCCCUCAAUGAGCUCUUCCUCGACUGCUAUUGCCGGCUGCGUGCCCUCGUCGAGCUUCGUCGGCCGCCAGCUUUGUCCCCUUUGCUCUCUGCUUCGUCGCCAUUGAUACCCAUGCCUCUUGAGUAGCUGAAUAUACCUGUCACUCGCUCUGCUUUCUUUCAUUUUAAUUUUGAAAAAGGGCUUUGCCAGGAUGCAAUUCCCCGGCGCGACCUUCCGGCCGCUCUUUGUUCCUAAUCUGCGCUAGGGUGCUUGUUGUACGAUACAUCAUCGUGCUUAUUUGACUUAAAUAGACGAUCUAACGCUGCAUGGGUUUGAGGCGCCAUUGCAACGAUACUGUGAGCAGUUGAUUCCGGCAAGGCCUUUCUCCUGUUUGGAUUGUUUUGCUUUGCGUAUUAUAAAGUACAGCGGGAAUUGCUCUGCCACCUCUCGUGUCCAAACGACUAGUAGAGAAUCGCUUCCGUGUUUGGGG